AUGGCUGUGACAUAUCUAGAUCGUAUUGGUCGUUCCGGGCGGUUCGGCCAUUUGGGUAUUGCGAUCAAUCUAAUAACGUAUGAAGAUCGCUUUGCUCUUCACCGCAUUGAACAGGAGCUGGGCACUGAGAUAAAACCGAUACCAAAGGUAAUCGACCCGGGGCUAUAUGCGUCGCGCCCGGACAAAGACGACUCGGCUGAAAAGUAA